AUGCCGUUCAAGAGAAACAUCGAAGUUGGCCGCGUCGCGCUCGUCAACCUCAAGGCGGACAAGCGCUACGGCAAGCUCGUGGUGAUCGUAGACAUCGUUGACCAGAACAGAGUGCUUGUCGCCGCUCCGGGCGUGAAGCGUGAUGUGAUCUCCCUCAAGCGCGUUGCUAUCACCGACAUGAAGGUUGAAUGCGAACGCGCGUGCGACGAAGCUGCGCUCAACGCGGCGUGGAAGGCCGGCGAGGUCGAGAGCAAGUGGGCGGCGAGCGCGUGGGGCAAGAAGAUCGCGCGCCAAAACGCUCGCGCGUCUCUCACGGACUUCGAGCGCUUCAAGGUUGCGCUCGCGCGCACGAAGCGCAGCGCCCUCAUCAAGAAGGCGCUUGCGGCGUAA